CCCACUUUACGAGCCGGUAUGUCGACAGCGUGUCGAUUUGUUUCGUGUGUUUGGUGUGGGAUUUCUUAUCGUUUCAUCAUAUGCGUUAGCCUAUCUGCAUCAUAUGGCAUAUGUGUCAAUGUAGUGUAAUAGUGUGUAUAUUGGUAUGCUUGGUAUAUAACUGAAAAAGGUGGUAAAUGAUUUGUUAGGUGUCAUUACAAUUUAAAGGUGGCCGGUAUUGGCAGGACCACUCCAGCCCUUAAUUUGAGGCUCAAACUUGAUCGUGCUCAAAAGUCCUAACUGGUAGAAUAACUGGUUGGAAGUUAACAUGGAGAGGAAAAGUACAGCUAAAUUGUGUGAAUUGUUGGAGAUUGAGAGACAAGUUCAAGAGAAGUGGUACAAAGAAAGAAUAUUUGAAGAAGAUGCACCUCCUAAAGGGUCCAAGUCAGCAGAGCGGGAAAAGUUCAUGGUCACCUUUCCUUAUCCAUACAUGAAUGGCCGACUGCAUCUAGGUCACACAUUUUCUCUUUCGAAGUGCGAGUUUGCAGUUGGUUAUUGGCGCAUGCAGGGGAAGAGAUGCUUGUUCCCAUUUGGUCUUCACUGCACAGGAAUGCCCAUCAAGGCGUGUUCCGACAAGCUGCAGAGAGAAAUGGAAGACUUUGGAUACCCACCACAGUUUCCUCCUGAAGAGGAGGAUGUGAUUGAGAAAAAUGAGGACUUUGAGAUGAAGGACAAAACAAAAGGAAAAAAGAGUAAAGUUCUGGCAAAGACAGGCGGUCUGAAGUACCAGUGGCAGAUCAUGUCGUCUCUUGGCCUGGUGGAUGAGGACAUCAAAGAGUUCGCUGAUCCGGCUCACUGGCUCAAGUACUUCCCACCACAUGCCAUCAGUGACUUGAAGAGCAUGGGUUUGAAGGUCGACUGGCGGCGAAGUUUCAUCACCACUGACGUUAACCCAUACUAUGACUCGUUUGUCCGCUGGUCUUUUGUGCACUUGAAGGAAAGAGAUAAAAUAAAAUUUGGAAAAAGGUACACCAUCUUCAGCCCGAAGGAUGGUCAGCCGUGUAUGGACCAUGACAGAAGCUCGGGAGAGGGAGUCGGACCUCAAGAAUAUACCCUAGUCAAACUGAGGCUUCAGCAACCCUACCCAGAAAAACUCAAAUCUUUGACAAGCCGUCCAGUGAUCCUAGUUUGUGCAACCCUACGACCUGAAACAAUGUACGGGCUGACCAACUGCUGGAUUAGACCUGACAUGAACCUCGUUGCUAUAGAGACGACCACCGAUGAGGUGUUUGUGUGCACGAAGCGAGCUGCCCGGAACAUGAGCUACCAGGGAUUCACACGACACAACGGGGAAUAUAAAGUCCUCGUCCCUCUUGUGGGCCAGGAUAUCCUCGGCUGUCCGGUUCAUGGACCUCUGACUCCCUACAGCACGGUCUACACACUCCCCAUGCUGACUAUCAAAGAGGACAAAGGUACGGGAGUUGUUGCCAGUGUGCCGUCGGACUCACCUGAUGAUUUCGCUGCUCUCCGAGAUCUCAAGAAAAAGGAGGCAUUGAGACAGAAGUACAGCAUCAAGGAUGAGAUGGUGCUGCCUUUUGAACCUAUUUCGAUAAUUAACACGCCUGAGCUUGGCACCCUGUCAGCUGUGACGGCAUGCGACCAGUUCAAGAUACAGAGUCAGAACGACCGCGACAAGCUGCAGGAGGCCAAGGAGAAGGUUUACAAGCUGGGAUUCUACGACGGGGUUAUGACAGUUGGCGAGUGGAAGGGACAGAAGGUUCAGGACAUCAAGAAAAAGGUUCAGAAGUCUUUAGUGGACAAGAAUGAAGCUGUCGUGUACAUGGAACCUGAGAAAAAGGUUGUAUCUCGCUCUGCUGACGAGUGUGUGGUGGCACUCUGUGACCAGUGGUUUCUCGAUUAUGGAGAACCAAAGUGGAAGGGCCAGGCCUUGGAAUGUCUGGGGAACCUCAACACAUUUUCCGACCAUGUGCGAGAGAACUUCAUAGCAACUUUGGACUGGCUACAUGAACACGCCUGCUCAAGAUCUUACGGCUUAGGUUCCCGGAUGCCGUGGGACGAGCAGUAUCUGAUUGAAUCUUUGUCCGACUCAACGAUAUACAACGCAUAUUACACUGUGGCUCACCUGCUCCAAGGUGGACUUGUUGACGGGAGCAAGACGGGUCCUGCCAGUAUAAGACCUGAGCAGCUGACUUUGGAAGUGUGGGACUACAUAUUCUUCAAGAACGCUCCAUUUCCCAAGAAUUGUGGCAUCUCGAAGGAAAUUCUUGACAAACUGAAGAAUGAGUUUGAAUACUGGUACCCAGUGGACAUCAGGAUGUCAGGGAAAGACCUCGUCCCCAACCACCUCACCUACUACAUCUACUGCCACUGCGCUAUCUGGCCAGAUGACAAAUCAAAAUGGCCCAAGGGAAUUAGAGCAAAUGGUCACAUUUUAUUGAAUUCUGAAAAGAUGUCAAAAUCAACUGGCAAUUUCCUGACUUUGUCGGAAGCAAUCUCCAAGUACUCUGCGGAUGGUAUGAGGAUGUCACUGGCCGAUGCGGGCGACACUGUGGAGGAUGCCAACUUCGUGGAGAAGAUGGCAGACGCGGGGCUGCUGCGUUUGUAUACGUUCCUCGAGUGGGUGCGCGACACCCUGGCCACGAUGGACACGCUGCGGUCCGGACCUGUCCAACAGUACACAUUCAGCGAUAACGUCUUUCUCAGUGAAAUAAAUAAGGCUAUUUGUGAGACCAAAGCAAGUUAUGAAAACAUGAUGUUCAAAGAUGCACUGAGAACAGGUUUCUUUGAAUUUCAGGCGGUUCGAGACAAGUACCGGGAGGUGGAGGUGGAGGGAAUGCACCGGGACUUGGUGUCGCGCUUCAUCGAAACUCAGAUCCUCAUGCUGGCCCCCAUCUGUCCACACAUCACUGAACACAUCUGGAAACUCUUGGGAAAGACUGGCAGUAUCAUGCAUGCCGCGUGGCCGAAUGCCGGUCCGAUUGACCGUGUGUUGGUCCGGUCGUCCGAGUAUUUGAUGGACGCCGCUCACGAAUUCCGUCUCCGCCUCAAGGCAGCCCUUGCUCCCAGCAAGACAAAGAAAGUGGUUCAGAUGCCAACACAUGCAACAAUCUGGGUGGCCAAGAGAUACCCGCCAUGGCAGAACACAAUCUUAGUAACACUGAAAGAAUUGUUUGAGGCUAACAAAGGUUUUCCUGAAAAUAAGGUGAUUGCUGCCAAACUGAAUUCCAACCCAGAUCUGAAAAAGUAUGCAAAGAAACUCAUGCCCUUCGUACAAGUGGCAAAGGAAAACUUUCAGAAGCAUGGUGUCAAAGCGCUGGAUUUGACAAUGGAGUUUGACGAGUGUAAAGUGCUUGAAGGAAAUCUCAAAUACUUGACCAACACACUAGAGAUGGAAGGAAUUGAUGUGAAGUUUUCAGAUAAUGCAGAUGAGAAAGUUCAACAAGACUGCUGUCCAGGAAAACCAUUCAUCACGUUUAGAACAGAGCCUUCGGUUGCCGUGAGCUUCAUGAACCCCCAACCCUACAGUGGGCUGUUUGAAGUCAGCCUGGCCGUGUUUGAAAAUGAUACGAGGCAGAAGAUCGUCACUCGUCUUAUGAAGACAGAGAGGUCGAAAAUAAAAGAUUCCACAUCAGUGUCCAUCCUGAGGUAUGAGGACAGUGAAGCCGGUUCUAGGAAAAUUCCAAACAUUAAUGAUCUUAAACAGGGCAAAGUGCAAGUUUCCGAUGGAGCUGUGUUUCAUAUAAACUCUGACAAAAACAUCGUUACAGUCCAGGAGAAUGGGAAAACCUGCACCAUAGGACAACAGAUGGUGUAUAUUGUGGAAUAGUUUCUUCUGAAUUACACUGAAUUCCAUGCACACUGAUAUUUAUUUUUGUAUAACCAAAUUUGAAUCUGUAAACUCAAUGACUGGGGUGUAUGUAAACUCAAUGACUGGGAUGUAUGUAAACUCAAUGACUGGGGUGUAUGUAAAAUGAUAUAUAAAGUAGAUACACAUACUGGUAUUCCAUACGGUUUGGUUUUUCUUAUAAGUAUCUGGACGGACGGACGAACUUCCAAAUCCUACCUGAAAAGUUAUUUCCCUUCAAUGACAAAACUAGCCACAAACCUAGCAUUUAUGUAUUUCCUCAAAGUAUUAGCAAAUGAAAGUUUGAUAGAGCAGAUCAACAAAAUAAUCCAACUUGUAUAAAGUUUAAAAUUAAAAACGUACUUGCCUAGGACUUCAUUGUCUCUAUAUUCAGGGUUUCUGGUCACCCUAAUGUUUGCAGUACUUCGUUAAAAGUUUAUUUUACUGCCUAAUAUGUAUUUUGUUGUUACAUGAAAUUAUUGAGAUGUAAAAUCUGGAUUCGACUUCUAGAAACAUUCAGAAAGAACUUGUAUAUGAAAAGGAAUGUAAAUGAUCACUAAUACCUCAUUUGACAUAUACUUGGUAAUUGUGGGUGGUUGUUUUUCCUCAAAUGUACUAGUAUGCGGGGGGUUUUCUUUAAAUUUUUACAGAGUGAAAAAUAUUAAAACCUCAUUUCGUUCUGUUAAUCCGAAUUGAAUUAUGUUUGGUUAAAUUUUUACAACUCACGUUCCUUGAAAUGAAAUGCCUUGCCUUAAAUUACUAUGGCUGUCCAAUUAGCUGGAAAAUUAUGGGGUUUUUUCAUUUAAUCUAAAAUUGUGUGUUUUUAAUUUGUUAAACUGCCAUUAUAUGUUGGUGGUCUGGGUAUGCAUCAUUCCAACACAUGAGACUCAUAUAUGAUCUGAUUAUCCCAUUUUAUCUAAUUAGCUAUCUUGUUACAAGAAAUUACCUCCACUCAAAUAGCAAAGUCACUUUAUUUAUUUUUAUUUUUUUUCUCGGAGAUUCUGGAUGAUAAAUAUCAUGAUUAGAGAAAACACUUAAACAAUAAAAUGUUUGUUUGGUGUCUGUGUUUGCCUUAAGGCAGGCUUUCACGAUUAGUGAAGUCCAGAUUAUCGAGGUUCCACUGUAUUUGAAAUUCCAUCAUUGUACAUCACAAUACAAUCUACAGGUGUUGUUGCACUAUAAACAAAAUGGAAUAAAAGCAUAUUUAGAAAA